AUGAUUGGGGUGGCUAUUCUAGGCGGAGGUAUCUUCGCUCGAGAGGAGCACAAGCCAGCAGUUGAAGCUUCGAAGGAUUUGACGCUCAAGGCCGUCUACUCUCGCUCAUUGAAAUCGGCCAAGACACUCGAGUUGGACGAAUCCAAGGUUGAUCUCUACUCGGACGACUCGGGCGCUGGAAAAUCUUUGGAGGAUCUUCUGGCCCGCUCGGAUAUUCAGGCCGUCAUUAUAGCCUUGCCGAUAAAGAACCAGCCCGACUACAUCCGUAAGGCGCUUUUGGCGGGCAAGCAUGUCCUCUCGGAAAAACCGGUUGCAGAGAAUGUGAAGGACGCCGCGGAACUCAUUAAAUGGUAUCACUCCGAGAUAGAGCCCAAAAAAGUGACCUGGGGGGUUGCCGAAAACAUCAGAUACACGAACUCUUUCAUCCGUGCUGCAGAGGUCGUCAAGACGAAAGGUCGGCAAUUGACUUUCAGAUGCCGAUUGCAGACGCUUGUUGAGGGUGGGAAAUACUUCGAGACUGCAUGGCGCAAGAGCCCCACGCACCAGGGAGGAUUCUUGCUCGACGGCGGCGUCCAUUUCACUGCUGGGCUUCGAUUGAUGAUGGGCAAAGACAAUCCAUUGGUAUCACUAUCAGCUCACUCUGCACAGCUCCAAGAACACCUUCCCCCAGUUGAUACCGUUGAGGCUACGGCAAAGAGCAAGAAAGGAGCCGUUGGUACGAUAUCGAUUUCUUUCGGAACAACUCACAAGGGGAGUGAAUGGGCUGUCGGUUGCGAGAAAGGUUCCGUUAGCCUAUCGGGCAACAAGGUCACCUAUGAUGACAAGACUGAGGAGGUUCAGGACGAAAAGACAGGCGUCCCGGGAGAAGUGAGAGCCUGGGGUGAAGCAUUAGCAGCUGGGAAGGUCAACGAGAGUCAAUCUCCUGAAGAAGCUCUGGCAGAUCUUGAGCUGAUUGAAGCCAUGUUGCGGAGCGGCGAGCAGGGAGGUGUUCCGAUCAAAUUAGAAUACCAAGAGCUUUAG